UUUUGGUGACGUUUUUUAUUACGCGACGGCAUUUCAACGCGCAUGUGUCUUCGGCGAUUUUCUUCCACACGAGCCUGGUGAAAAUGGCGGAGCAAAGUUCCGUGCCGAGUGAUCUUUACAAACAUGUCUAUUCAUUUCUACUGGAGAACAAGUUUACCAAGGCUGCCCAACACUUCAUCAAACAAGCUAAAGUGCCACCCCAGGAUGAAAAAGAAGCUGCUGGUCUUCUUGACAUUUUCAACUUCUGGGUGAAGUCUCCCGAAGCUAAGAAACGCAAGGCGCUGCCCAUCGGUCCUGGUGCAAGUGACAGUCCGUCUGCUAAGAAGGCGAAGACUGCAGAGAGCUCCAGUGAGGAGUCGAGCAGCGACGAGGAGGAAGAUGCAACACCUGCCAAGGCCACACCCACAGCAGCCAAGGCUCCACGCCCUGCUAAAUCAGAUUCCAGCAGCAGUGAUGAUUCCAGUGACGAAGAGGAGGCUGUAGCGAAGAAACCUGCAGCAGCCAAAGCCCCAGUGAAGAGCCCAGUGGCAGUCGGGACAAAGAGCUCCAGCAGUGAGUCGUCUGAAGAUGAGGCCAAAGCUCCUGCUGCUAAACGAAAGGCUCCUGCCGCGACCCCUAAGGCGGGAAAGGCUCCUGCCGCGACCCCUAAGGCGGGAAAGGCUCCUGCCGCGACCCCUAAGGCGGGAAAGGCUCCUGCCGCGACCCCUAAGGCGGGAAAGGCUCCUGCCGCGACCCCUAAGGCGGGAAAGGCUCCUGCCGCGACCCCUAAGGCAGCAGCUCAGAAGAAGACUGCAAGCAGCAGCAGCAGUAGUGAAGACACCUCCAGUGAAGACGAGGCGCCCACUAAGACCCCGGUGAAACCUCCUGGCCCCGUCAAGACCCCUCCAGCUAAGGACAGUAGUUCCUCGGACAGCAGCGAUGACAGCAGCGAUGAUGAUGAUGAUGAGGAGGAGAAGGUGUCAGCUAAAACAGUCAAAACCACCCCAGCCAAGACUGUGACCCCCAAAGCUGCUGCAGCUGCUAAGAAGGCAGAGUCCAGCUCUGAGAGCACAGACUCCAGCUCUGAAGAAGAAGCAAAGAAGCCAGCAGCUAAGGCUACCCCAGCUAAGGCUACCCCAGCUAAGGCUACCCCAGCUAAGGCUACCCCAGCUAAGGCUACCCCAGCUAAGGCUACCCCAGCUAAGGCUACCCCAGCUAAGGCUACCCCAGCUAAGGCUACCCCAGCUAAGGCUACCCCAGCUAAGGCUACCCCAGCUAAGGCUACCCAAGCAGAAGACUCUGACUCCAGCUCUGAGGAUGAAGAAGAGGCUAAGAAGCCACAAGUAAUAAGGGUUAAGUCCACAGCUGUCAAAAUAACGGUUACCCCUGCCAAGGAAGACUCUUCCUCAGACUCCAGCUCAGAGGAGGAGAAGGGUUCGAAGACUGUGAAAGUGGCGCCAGCUACAGCAACCGUAACGGUGGCAGAGGUGAAGGAGCGGGGGGCCAAGACUGUGACUGUAGCGGGGGCCAAGACUACUGUGAAGGUGGUGGAAGACGGCUCCUCUUCCUCGAGCUCAGAGGAUGACGAAGAGGGGACAGUGAAAGCAGCACCAGCUAAGUCGACUCCUACCGUGACCCGAGGCAAGGCUGCUGAAUCCUCCUCUGACUCGAGCUCAGAAGAUGAGGAAGAGGCUAAAAAACCAGCAGCCAAGGUGACUCCAGCGAAGACUGCCCCAGCUAAGAAAUCAGGCUCUUCCAGCUCUGACUCUGACAGCAGUUCUGAGGACGAGACACCAGCUAAACCUGCUGCAGCUGCUCCCAAGGCCCCAGCCAAGGCUGCUACAGAAAACAGCUCGGAUUCAGAAUCUUCUUCUGAAGAUGACGAACCCCCAGCUAAGAAGGCUGCCCCAGCAUCUGUUCCUAAAUCAGCUUCCAAACCAGCCACCCCAGUUACUAAACCAGCUGCAGCGGAGAGCAGCUCGGACUCCGACUCUUCUUCUGAAGAUGACGAACCCCCAGCUAAGAAGGCUACCCCAGGCUCUGUUGCUAAAUCAGUUUCCAAACCAGCAACCCCGGUUCCUAAAUCAGCUUCCAAACCAGCCACCCCAGUUACUAAACCAGCUGCAGCGGAGAGCAGCUCGGACUCCGACUCUUCUUCUGAAGAUGACGAACCCCCAGCUAAGAAGGCUGCCCCAGGCUCUGUUGCUAAAUCAGCUUCCAAACCAGCAACCCCGGUUCCUAAAUCAGCAACCCCGGUUACUAAAGCAGCCAAGAGCAGUUCAGACUCCGACUCUAGCUCAGAUGAGGAUGAGGCCAUAGCUAAGAAGGCUACCUCCAAACCAGCCACCCCAGUGGUGACUAAAUCAGCCCCAGCCAAGGCAGCAGCCGAGAGCAGCUCCGAUUCAGACAGCUCGGACUCGGAGGAACAGGCGGCUGCUGCCAAGAAGACCACUCCCAAGACCACUCCUAAGACCACCACCAAACCUGCAGCCAAGAGUCCUGCCGUCAAGACACUGGCUAAAGCUGCACACUCGUCAUCGUCCGAGGAGAGUAGCUCUGAGGAAGAGGCCAGUAAAAAGACUGUGAAACCCGCUGCCACCCCCAAGACCACCCCCAAGACGACCGCAGCAGCCAGACCUAAAGCCAAGGAGGACAGCAGCUCUUCAGAUGACUCCAGUGAUGAAGAGGCAGCACCCAAACCAGCAGCAGUGAAGGCUACGACGCCAGCCUCGGCUAAAACGGCAGCCGAAAGCAGCUCUGACUCUUCCGACAGUUCCGACUCGGAGGUGGAGACAGAGGCCGCCAAGGCGACGCCCGCUAAGCCUGCUCUGACCAAUGGCAAGCCAGCUACACCCAAAGCAACCACCUCUGCAGUCAAGGCAACGAAACCGACCAAGGCUGCCGAGUCUUCCUCUUCCGAGGAGAGUAGCUCUGAGGAAGAGGAGGCCAGUAAAAAGACUGUGAAACCCGCUGCCACCCCCAAGACCACCCCCAAGACCACCCCAGCAGCAAAAACCAAGGAGGCCAGCAGCUCAUCAGACGACUCUUCUUCUUCCGAAGAAGAAGAGGCAGCGGAGAAAGCACCGGCAGCAGUCACCACUCCCAUCGCUAACGGCACUGUAAACGGUAAGAGAAAAAGGGAUGGAGAAGCCUCAGAGGAUGAGGAAGAAUUAACGACACCUAAAAAUAACAAAACAACAACAACAACACCACAGACCUUCCCUAAAGUCUCUAAGAAGAUCAAUGUACCUUUCCGUAGAAUAAGAGAGGAGGACAUUGAUGUGGAUAACCGACUGGCUGACAACUCCUUCGACGCCAAGCGCGGGUCGGAUGGAGACUGGGGCCAGAGGGCCAAUGACGUGCUCCGCUUCACCAAGGGGAAGUCCUUCCGUCACGAGAAGACCAAGAAGAAGAGGGGUAGCUACUGUGGAGGAGCCAUCUCCCAGUCCGUCAACUCCAUCAAGUUCGACAGCGACUGAGAACCUAGUCAUCGUUUGUCACUACCCCUCUUCCUCCCCUCUCGACCCAGGACUAUCUGAGGACCAGGACGGUCUGCCCCCCUCCCCAUCCCCGACCUCCCCCUCAGCAGAAACCAGACUGAGCUGAAGAUCGUGAACUGAACUAGAGCUGGGACUGCUGCACUCACAUAAGUGGCUGGUGAUUUGUAGUUCGUACGUCUGUGUUAAUUAAACCAGUCCUUUUUAAAAUGCACAUUUCUGUAAUGGUGGAAUGACGCUGUAGAAGUGGAGACGAGCUUUCAUUGAAAUGGCACCCAGCCAAGACACCUCGCCCGCAGCCUUUCUAAUGUCCUAAACGGCACCCUAUUCCCUACGUAGUGCACUACUUUUGACCUGAUUGAAAUUAGUGCACUACGUAGGGAAUAGGGUGCCUUUUAGGACAGAAGAAAAGGCGUCUUGGCCGUCUCCCCUUGUGCCUUCAGGACGGAUCACAAAGGAUUCAUGUACAACAUAUAGCCACCAGGUGGCGGUAGUCAGCCACCAAUUCAGUUAAAUAUCAAUUCAAACUGUUUUCACAAUACUCUCUCGGCCACUUAAUCUGUUGCUUGUUGUGAAAUCGUUAGCCUGGAUCUCAUACAUUCUGUCCAGUGAUAGUUUUUUUUCUCUCUCUCUUUUUCCCCCAGUCGUAAAUUUAAAUUCUCUUUCUUGUGCAUUGCAGUUUGCAUUGCGGGGAAAGGGGUUUAUUCGUUUGAUUUUUGUGUUGUCGGGAAAAUGUUUUUGUAUGGAACAUGCAGACCUGUGGGUUUUGUUUUGAGGGUUGAAUGAAAUGGUUUCUCUUUUGGUAUGAUUUAUUAUGGUGUGAAUAUUUCGUAGUGGGUGCGUUCCAGGCUGACUACAUUUGCAGUGGCCUAACCAGAUCUCACGCCUGGAUAAGGAUUCAACCACUGCAAUGUAGUCAGCCUGGAACGCACCCGUUUUAGAUCAGUAUUUAAGUUCUUUUUAGCCUGAGAGUAUCAGGGAUCAUCCAACUGUUAUUGCUGCAGUCUUAAAAAAUAACUUCCUGGGUCGUGUUCAGUAGGGCGUACUGAAACAAAACGUUUUGAAACAGUAAACUCUGUUUCUAAAAAAAAGUAAUUCUGUUGUGCCUACUGAACAGGAUCUGGUUGCAUCUGAAAUGGCACCCCGUUCGUAAGUCGUGUACUGUAGGGAAUACGCUGCCAUUUCAGAUGUGAUGUUGAGACCUGCUGAAGUUAAGAACUGCCAGCCUAUUGGUUUGGUGGUUCAUUAGUUCAGCAAGUUGUUUUUAAUUUUGUGAAUUUUCAAUUUCCUGUUUCUAGUCUUUUCUUAUUGAGUAUUGUUAUUACUUGAAUAAAAUACCUUGUUGUUGCAA